AUGGAUUACGAUGAAGACGAAUUAGAUUAUAAUUCUCAAGAUGAGUUGGAUCAAUUUGAUGAAGAUAAAUUAACUAAUGAAGAGUACGAAUUAUUACAUGAUAUACUACCACAAUUAAAAUCAAAAUUAAAAAAUUAUAAUGAUGAUAUCUCAGAUUUCGACUUGAAAGAAGCAUUAUAUUACAAUUAUUUUGAACUUGAUCCAUCAAUUGAAGAAAUUAAAUCAAAAUUCAAGAGUAUAAAUCAAAAAUUAAUGUCAAAACUAGCUCAAUUGGCAAAACAAAGAGCAUUACAGAGGGAGAAAGAACUACAGAAUAACAAUAGUCAGUCAGAAUCACAAGAUUCAAUACUACCGUCAAAACCACAAUCCAAAUUAGCAGCACUUGCUAAAGCAAGAUCAUCAAAUCAAUCAUUACAAUCAAAUGUAUCAAACACUUCCAUUUUAGAUCAAUUUUUAUCAAAUCCUUCUUCUUCAACCGUAACUACAGAACAACCAAGAUCAUCGAUACUAAAGUUUAAAAGAAAGAAUAUAGACUCUAAAGAAAAAUCUCCAAGUUCAGUACCAUUAUCAACUGAAACAGAAAAACCAACUACUACACCAAAGACAGAACAAUCAGAACCACAUAUCUCAUUUGAUAUAUCAUUAGAUGACUCCAUAAUACUAAAUACACCAAAAGAUAACGUAUCAAUCUUUUGGUUUCAAAAUACAGAGAAUGAUUUGAAAAGAAGAAGGUUGGAAAAUUCAAUAUAUGACUCAAUUACUAACAUUCCAUCAGAAAAAAUUAACAAAACUAAAGAAAGUUUUAAUAAACCAUCACCGGAUGAUGAAAUAUUAAAUGCUCAAAAACAAGCUUUUGAUGGAGUUGGAAAAUUAUCAAUAAAAGAAGAAACUAUAGAACCUACUUCUCAAUCAAUAACUCAAUCACAGUCCAAAAAUAAGGUUAAAGAUUCUAAACCAUUCAAGAAACUAGAUAUCAAUGAUGAACUCACCAUCAACCCUAAUAAUAAUAAACCACAUAAAUCAUUCGUAGUCAUAGGUCAUGUAGAUGCUGGAAAAUCUACAUUAAUGGGAAGAUUAUUAUUUGAUUAUGGAAUAGUUGAUGCUAAAACUGUAAAUAAAUUAGUUAAAGAAAGUGAAAAAAUUGGUAAAGGAUCAUUUGCAUUAGCUUGGAUAAUGGAUCAAACAGAAGAAGAAAGAAAUCAUGGAGUUACAGUAGAUAUAUGUGCAACAGAUUUUGAAGUAAAACUGAAUAGAUUCACUGCAAUUGAUGCACCGGGUCAUAAAGACUUUGUACCACAAAUGAUUGGUGGUGUUUCAAAUGCUGAUUUUGCUUUGUUGGUGAUUGAUUCAAUUACUGGAGAGUUUGAAGCUGGAUUUGCAUUAGAUGGACAAACUAAAGAACAUACUAUUUUAGCUAAAAAUUUAGGUAUUGAGAAAAUCUGUGUAGUUGUUAAUAAAAUGGAUAAGGAAGAUUGGAAUGAAAACAGAUUUGAUGCAAUAAAGACACAAAUGUUGGAAUUUUUAACAAGUGAUGAUAUAGAUUUUAAACCUGAACAAAUUACUUUCAUACCAAUUUCUGGAUUAACAGGUAAUAAUGUUGUCAAAAGAGAUAAUUCCAUAGAAUCUUUCAAAUGGUAUACAGGUCCAACAUUAGGUCAAUAUCUUGAAACUGUACCAAUAGAGAAAAACUCCAAUAAUUUGUUAGAUGAACCAUUUUAUUUUUCAGUUCAUGAUGUAUAUAAAGACAAAGGUGAAUUAAAAGUUAUAGGUAAAAUUACAAAUGGUGUUAUACAAGCAGGUGAAACAGUUAUUGCAUAUCCAAGUGAAGAAGCAUUACAAGUUCAAUCAAUAAAAUCAGGUCAAAAUUUAGUUGAUUUUGCCAUAUCGGGUGAUUUGGUCACAUUAUUAUUUAAAGUAAAUCAAUUAUCAAAUGAAUCAAUAGAUAGUAUAAGAAUUGGUGAUAUUUUAACUAAAACUAAUUCACAAAUCAAAACCACUAAAAAUUUCACAGCAUCAUUACAUUUAUUUAACAUGGAUAAACCAUUAUUAGUAGGCAUGCCAUUUGUAUUAUUCAGAAAUAGUAGUCAAGUACCAGCAAGAAUCACCAAAAUUAUAGAUAUAACAAAUUCAACAAAGAAGAAGAAAAAAAUUUUACAUUUAACUUCUAAACAAACAGCAAUUGUUGAAAUUGAAAUUGAUGGAUCAUUACCACUUACAACUUACGAAGAUAAUUCAAAAUUGGGUAGGAUAGUUAUAAGGAGAGAAGGACAAACAAUCGGAGCUGGGAAAGUUACUAAUAUUUAG